AUGGAUCCAAAAACAUCGACAUUCUGGUGCUCCUUCGCAGUGACAUCGUUGUAUGUGCUGGUUCUAUACAUCAAGCCGAUUAGAGGGAACCGUGAUUCUGUUGUUGUGAUCAAAUCGCGGUUGCUACGAGUGUCAAUUUCUACAAUGGUAUCACUGCUACUGACACCAGUAUUGAUGGUUUCAGUCACAAAACAGGCGUCGUCGUACUCGGAGGCAUUGGGGUACAUGGGAUUGAGUAUAGGAAGAUCCACAUUUAAGGAUAUCUGGACUGUUCUCAAACUUUUUGUCAUACUUUUCAACGGAUCAAUUGCAGAAUAUUUAUCAUGGGGAAUUGAUUCGAUCGAAGAAGACUGGUCAGCUACUCAGUUCUGGCAAACUUUUCGCAAUCUGGUUGCAGCUCCGCUGACUGAAGAAUUGACAUACAGAUCGUGUCUCAUGGGCCUCUAUGGACCAUGGCUGUCAUCUCCCCACUCAGAAAUAAUAUAUUUCACCCCACUGUUUUUCGGUCUCGCCCACAUCACCCACGCAUUAGACGCCAGGAUUGAGCGCCCACAACCAAUGGCUCCCUUAGUACUGGGAACUUUAUUCCGAACUGCAUAUACUACAUUUUUUGGUAUUUUAGCCAACCUUAUUUUUGUGAGAUCCAACUCUAUUUGGCCAUGCGUGGCAGCACACGCUUGGUGCAACUUUAUGGGAUUUCCAUUGCUUGCUGUUGAUGGGCACGUUUGGUGGAAAACGACAUACUAUUCACUGUCAUGCUUUGGAAUUUGGUACUUCUACACCAAGUUCUCCUACUGGCUACAGGGUAAUGACUUGUAA